AUGUCUGAAGAAACAUCUUUUAUGCACUUGGUUAGACCAAGCGUUGCUGCACCAGCUGCAUCUUCGACUACUGGACCUUGUAAUAUCAGAAUUGAUACAUCUGCGUGUUUUCAAAUUUUAGAGAUCGUUUCCAAGCAAGUUCUUUCAUCGAAUAAGAGAAUUAUUGGUACAUUAUUGGGAUUUAGAUCAGAUGAUGGAAGUGAAUUUGAUGUCAGAGAUGCUUUUAUGGUCCCAUGCACUGAAACAGGUGAUUCAAUAGCUAUUGACGAUCAUGCUCAUAAAGCCCUUUACCAAUUAUAUAAGAAAGCUCACCCUAAAGAACAUGUUUUAGGAUGGUUCGAUAGUGCUAACAAGAUAGAUGCAAAUACUGGAUUAAUUCAUGACUUUUAUUCUAAAGGUACCGAUCGUGCUUAUCCGUUCCCAGCGAUCUACUUAAAUGUUGAAUACUUGGGUGAAAACCAAGAAAUAACCUUCCCUAAGAUUUCUACUUACAUCGGCGCAGCUAUUGGUAAAUUGAGUUCUAAUACACCAAAGAUUGGCUGGAACACGGCUAAUACUACCAGCUCUUAUAUUUUUACUCCAGUUCCAAAUAAAGUUAUAAAUAGUACCAUCAGUGAAAAGCUUGUUAUUAAUCAUUUAUCCGAAAAUCAACAAAACAACGAACCAAUUUCAGUCUCAGCAAAUUCAAGAACGUUAUCUCAUUUAUCCAACCAAUUAAGCUCUGUUGGUGAAACAAUUGACAAAUUAUUGGCCUAUAUCGAAUCCACAUCUAAUUCAGAUAGUGAUAUCGAUUUAUUAAGAUUGUUAAGUAAUACUUUAUUAAACAAACCUCAAUACUUGACUGACUUAAAGGAAUUGGAAUACCAUUUCCGUGCCCACAAUCAAGAUGUUAUUAUGAUCGAAUAUUUGACUAAAGCUGUCAAGGAACAAAUUGAGUUAAGUGCAAGAUUAACUGCUAGCUCAGAAGCUGAUAAGAAAUGA